UAACUUCAAUUUUUCUGAAUCUUUUAAAUUUACUCAAUCUUGUUUGUAAUUUAUUUCUUUUCUCAAAUAAAAUUAAGCAGUCGCAAAAAAAAUAUUUUCAAAAUUCUAAUUGGAUACAAACAACAAUGAAUUUCACCAAAUAUUUUAAACGCAAUGACUAUGAUAAUAUGGACCGUUUUAUGUUACAUCAAAAAAUUCGCUGUUCAAGAGAUCCUUUUGAGGGUGACCCUUUCAAAAUUCAAUCCUUGAAUUUUCGUUAUGCAGAGAAACCCAAAUUUUACCCAACAACAAACCGAAAUGCAGAAAAUUCUCAAAUGAGAAAUUUAUAUCGGAAGCAACCACACAAUCAUACCUUUGAAAGAGAAAUACCAUCUUCGUUUAUGAAUUUUGGAAGAAAAUCUUCAUCUGUUUGUUCUUUUUCGGUUACUCCAAAAGCUGAAAAAUUAGUUGCAUACUCCAUUGUUAAUUCAUCUGAAAACAAAUUUGAUGUCAACCGUUCAAAGUCUUUUAUUCAGCCUUUUAUAUCAGUUCCAGUUACUGGAGAAAGUACUACUUCAAAUCAUCAAAAUUUAGUGAAACCUAAAAAUAGCCUUGAAUCGAAAAGACGAACAGAUUCAAUGACAGCUAUUAACUUAGAUCACAGUGGAGGAUGCAAAAUAUCUAUAAAAAUUAAUGGAGUUCCCAAGGAUCAAGUACAUAUAAAGAAAAGAGUUAACAAUCGUGAAAUUUCCCAAACUAGGACAAAAACAAUAACGAAAUCAUCAUCGCCUAAAAUUGAACAACCAUAUAAGCUAAAACCUUCUAGGUCCUACGUAAUUCAUAGAGAUGAUACUUCAUCUGAUAUUUCAUCUGAUUUGAGAAAAUCAUCAAGAAAACUUUUUCGGGAAUCCUCUACUCAUUCUAUGAUUCCUCAUAAAGAGGAGAGGACUAAAUCAAGGGAAUUCGAUAAAAAAUUUUCAUUGGCAGUUACAAGAAACUCAUCCUGUAAGGCACGAGGUACAUCACAGUUAAAUUUAUCAAACAAAGGCUCUGGAAACGGUGCAAUGGAGAGUUUAUCUAAAAAAAAAUCCUCGGUGCAGAAAACAAUACCUGGAACAAAUUUGGAAAGACGAGCUUUCAUAUUGGAAAAAAUUUUAUCGAGCAAUCCAAUUGUAACACAAUCAAAACAAAGCUUAAAUUUAAAGAAAUCAAAAUCCGUUAUAAAUCAAAGGUUUACACCAUUACCAAUAUCAAGAAAAUAUUGCACUGUUGAAAAUAUCAAUCCAAGAGUUCACUAAAACUUAUACUUAUUUCAUAAAGUUAGAGAGUUUUGAUGAAAAAUUAUUAAUAACAUUGUUAAAAUAACAUUAGUUAAAAGUUGGUUUUCUUCAAAGCUUUUAAUUUUAGUAAAAAAUAGUGCAUUUUUUUUUUUCGAACAUUUAGUUUCAAAUAAAUAUACUUUUUCGACGUAA